UGAGCCACACCAGCUGGGAUAAAACUUCUUACUGAUUUUAGAGAGCAGAAAGAGAAACAAUGAUUUGUUGUUCCAUGUGUUUAUGCAUUCAUUGGUUGCUGCUUAUAUAUGCCUUGACUAUAGGUCUUGAAUUGAGACAUCUUUUACUUAAGUGGGUAUAGGAUAAUUAACAACAAUAACAAUGAGGAGCUCUGUGGUCUCCUGGGAGAUGGUGCCCUGAGGAAUUUGGAAAAAAAUUAACCCUGACAUUCCAAAGGUACAUUAUCCAAAAAAAAAAGACAGGCACAGUUAAGGUAAAGAUUGACCUUUGUCACAAAAUGAUACCAGUCCAGGACAAGACUACAUGCCGUAAAUAACCUUUAGGAAGUUUUAUUUUCAGCCCUGGCUGGUUUGGCUCAGUGGAAGGUUCAUGCGUUAAGUUUCCCCGUCAAGGACACAUACCUCGGUUGCUGAUUCAAUCCCCAGCCCUGGUCUGGGUGCAUUGGGAAGCAAUCAAUGGAUGUCUAACACAUUGACGUAUCUCUUUUCCUCACUCCCCACCCCCACCCCCCAUUUCUGCAUCCCUUCCACUCUAAAAAUCAAUGGGAAAAAAUAUCCUCAAUCCCUGGGUCUUUUUUUUUUUUAAGUUUUAAUUUCAGCUCAUUUUAUGUAGUUUAGGUCUCCCAAGCCUCCCCUGAGCUUGUCAGGAUUAGUAUGUGAUCCCCGUUUUUGAGCACAAGACAUCUAAAAUAGUUUUGCUAGUUUAUUUUAUCCUCACCUGAGGAUAAGUUUGAUUUUAGAGAGGAAAGUGGGGGGGGGGGGAGACAAAGAGAAAGACAUUGAUGUGAGAAAUAUCCAUCAGUUGCUUCCCAUCUACACCCUGACCAGGGAUAGACCCCACAACUUAGGUAUGAACCAGGCUCCAACCAACCUACCCACCUGGCCAGGACUAGCUAGCUAGUUCUUCAUGAAAAAGUAAAACAAGCCCAAUAAGCGGAAAUGACUAUACAAGAUUACAAAGAUAGUCCGUGGCAAAACUGGAGUACCAUAGUUGUUUGGCAUGCACACCAGAAUGUGUUCCGACUUUUCAGCCUUAGAUGCAUAACAAGGACAACCCAUAUUGUUUCAACACAUUCUGAUUUACUCUAGCUUUGUUAACGUUUAAUAAGGAGCAAUCCCAGUAUGCAAUGCAAACAAUGAGUUAACAGUCAGUCAGAAACUACAUGUCCCAGCAUGCCAUGCUCUCCAGCAACCUCGGAAGUGGGUAUGAGGGACGCCAUUGCAUUUUGGUAGUUGCAGUCUCUCGGGACUGGCCCGCCCCUUGUGCCGCUUCCGGGGCCUACGUUUAAAGAAAACCCUACUGGGUGGCUUAGCGCCCUCGAGAGAGGUGCCGCCCUACGACCUUUGACCCCGGCCCGGGUGUCCAGCUCCUCUUCUCGAAUCUCUCCCACAGCCCAAAAUGGCGGCAGAGGUGGAUUUUGGGGAUUUGGAGCUGUUCGAGGCGUUUGACCACCCAGAGGAGUCGCUCCCAAAGCCCGUUCACACGCGCUUCAAGGACGGCGACGGCGACGAGGAGGACGAGAACGGGGUUGGCGACACGGGGCCGCGGGAGCGGCUCCGGCAGAGCGAGGAAACGAUCGAGCGGCUCCGCGCCGAGAAUCAAGAACUUAAAAGAAAACUGAACAUUCUGACUCGACCAAGUGGAAUAUUGGUGAACAACACUAAGUUAGAUGGACCUUUGUUACAGAUUCUAUUUAUGAACAAUGUUAUUUCAAAGCAAUAUCAUCAAGAAAUAGAGGAAUUUGUAUCAAAUUUAGUAAAAAGAUUUGAGGAACAGCAGAAAAAUGAUGUGGAAAAGACUUCCUUUAAUCUUUUGCCCCAGCCAUCCAGUGUUAUGCUAGAAGAGGACCAUAAAGUAGAAGAAUCCUGUACCAUUGAAAACAACAAGGAAGCUUUUAGUGUUGUAGGAAGUGUCCUGUAUUUUACUAAUUUUUGCCUUGAUAAAUUGGGGCAACCGCUACUAAAUGAAAACCCUCAGCUUACCGAAGGAUGGGAAAUACCCAAGUACCAGCAAGUCUUCAGCCACAUUGUUUCUCUAGAAGGGCAAGAAAUACAAGUAAAGGCCAAAAGGCCAAGGCCUCACUGUUUCAAUUGUGGUUCCGAAGAACAUCAAAUGAAAGAUUGCUCAAUGCCUCGAAAUAAUGCUCGAAUAAGCGAAAAGAGAAAAGAGUACUUGGAUGCCUGUGGUGAAGCGAACAAUCAGAACUUUCAGCAGCGGUACCAUGCAGACGAAGUCGAAGAAAGGUUUGGAAGAUUCAAGCCAGGCGUUAUUAGUGAGGAACUUCAGGAUGCACUUGGUGUGACAGAUAAGAGCCUGCCACCGUUCAUAUAUCGAAUGCGCCAGCUAGGAUACCCACCAGGAUGGCUCAAAGAGGCUGAACUGGAGAAUUCAGGGCUUGCGCUCUAUGAUGGAAAAGAUGCUGCUGAUGGGGAAACAGAAUCUGGAGAAAUACAACACAAUCAAAAUGUCACUUAUGAUCUCUCGAAAUUGGUAAACUAUCCAGGUUUUAAUAUAUCUACUCCCAAAGGAAUUCCAGAUGAAUGGAGGAUGUUUGGUUCUAUACCAAUGCAGGCCUAUCAGCAGAAGGACGUGUUUGCCAGUUACCUUACUUCAAACUUCCAAGCGCCGAGUGUGAGGUCUGGCUCCAAGAGGUCUUCGUCCCGGUCCAGCCCUUGCAGUCCCAAGAAGCAGAAGGGGAGCAGCUCGGGUUCCCCUGCGGACAUGGAGCUCGACUCGGAUGCGGAGGCCCUGCAUGUAUCUCCGAGUGGGAAUGCUACUCGGUUUCAGCCACCAUUGCCCCCUGACACUCCUCCACUACCACGGGGAACUUCGCCCACCUUCAUUCCUCCGCUCCCCAAGGGCACCCCACCACUGACUCCCAGUGACUCACCACAGACCAGGACAGCACCUGCGCCCACGGAGGAGGACACACUGACUCUGGAAGAACUCGAAGAGCAGCAGAGGCGGAUAUGGGCAGCCCUGGAGCAGGCUGAGAGCAUCAACAGCGAUUCUGACAUGCCUGUUGACACACCUUUAACUGGAAAUUCGGUUGCCUCUUCCCCUUGUCCAAACGAGCUAGAGCUGCCUGUCCCAGAGGGAAAACCAUCUGAAAAGCAGGUGCCAGAUGAGCCUGAGCCCGAGGAACAGGACACUUGUGCAAAGAAAUCAGAAGUUGAACAUCCAGAGAGUCCAGAGUCCGACGCGACAUUGCUUUGUCGGCAGGACAAGGAGGAGUCUGCCGAGGGAGGCUCUGAAGGUGCGCCUCUCGAUGACGGCAGUGUGGUAUCGAACGGUGACAUCAGGAACGGAGGCAGCCAGAAGCUCCUGCCCCUGGACCCCAGUCCUUCCACAGCCACUAAAACUCACAGUCCUAUCCCUGAUAUGAGCAAGUUCGCAACUGGAAUAAUGCCAUUUGAAUUUGAGAAUAUGGCAGAAUCGACUGGAAUGUACCUCAGGAUAAGAAACUUGUUAAAGAACUCACCCCGAAACCAGCAGAAAAACAAGAAGACUUCUGAGUAACUGCUUGACACAGCACCAAGACCUAGUUCAUGAUCUACACCUUUGUGUCCUGGUCACUAGUACUAAGUGGACAGAUGAACCGUCUUCCUGUUUGUCCCUCCCAUGUUUAAAAAUCUGUCCGAGGCUUAUUUGUGGCUUAAAGUCAGGCCUGUUUUUAAUGAAUGGAAAGAUCGGGCUCGCUGGUUUACCGUAUUUUAUUCUCACUACUAAAAACGUGGGGGAUCGCUUCUCGGCCUUUUGGCUAAGAUCAAGUGUAGUAUCUGUUCUUAUCAGUUUAAAAACGUGGGGGAAUGUAAGUAUAGAGCUUUAGAGGUAGUUUGCUUAUACUAUUUUUGGGUUGUGAGUGUCCGUGCAGAGUGAUGGUUUUUAUCGUCUUUUGUACAUUGUUUUCCCUUUCUACAUUUUGCUAAUUAUCUUGUAUAUAAGUUUAAUAGAUCACUUUUUUAAAGAAAAAAUUCUAACCAUUUUAAAUUCACAUUUCAACUUCAACAACCAAAUGAGAAAAAUCAGGGAUGAGCAGCUUUAUCCCACUUGGGGUAUUUUUGUAAGUGAUUUACAUACAUCAAUUUUAAUGACCCUUUUAUUUUUUUAUAACUUCAUUCUUCAUAUAAGCUUGCGACACAGGUAUGAUCGAUCAUCUUUGUGUACAAAGGUUUAAUAAAUUAGUUUUCAAAUCAUAAUCUAAGACUUUGAAUACAAAAAGGUGAUUCACAGUUAAAUUAGUAAAUAAAACCCUGUAAAUUUGGAACUAAAUUAUGUGGUUGUAAAAAUUAGUGGAACUAUAAAUGGAAGAAAAAGCAAAGGAAAUAUAAGAAAUUGGAAAAUUUGGGUGUUUUCAGUGGUUUUCAACCUUAAAUAUAAAGGAGCAGAAUCUUAAUCAUUUUGAAAAUAAUGGAGGGCAACUAGCCUUUGUACCAAAAAAAAAAAUGAUAAUAAUUUCUGGACUU